CCCCACAAGCCGAGCAGUCCGAGUCUCACCCCCGUCCCUCGGGGUCUCUCUGUGAUUUCCCCGCUCCUUCUUGUUUGCUGGGAGACGAAGGCAGCGACUCUGGAGGAUGCAGGACGAAGAGGGUUACACGGUAUUGAAUCUCCGGCCCAAGAUGGGAGCCGCCAGCCGCCCGUCUGCGGACGGGAUCCAAGAUUCUCCUGCGAACCUGCGUGGAUAUAAAAUCACCAUCGGCGUUUUGGGGGUCUGGAGCGUUGUGGCGACGCUGGCUGUGAUCACACUGAGCAUUCUGGGUUCAUCUCACGAAGGACUGACAGGAGCAGCGCCCAAUGCCCCCGCGAGCCGUGGUGCCCAGUGGGGAGAGGGAAACGGGGCAGAAUGCGGCGCCCGUCUGAGCCACCUAGUGUCACGCCUGAGCCAGGCUCUGUGUGCGCCCAUCAACAGCAACUCCCUGGAGGGCGCUGGCUGCAAAAUCUGUCCCCCGGACUGGCUGCCACAUGGUGCCAAAUGCUACUGGUUUUCCACAGAGAGUAAAAUCUGGGCCAGGAGCCGUGAGGACUGCUCAGCGAGGAGCGCUCGCAUGGUGGUGAUCCAGGAGCAGGAUGAGAUGGAGUUCCUGGGGAACAGCAUUCAAGAGAAGUACCUCGUCUGGACUGGCCUCAGUGCGAACGUGACCGGGAUGAAAUGGACCUGGGUGGAUGGAUCCUUGUUAAAUCAGACGCUGUUCCCCGUGAAAGGAUCUGCUGAAGAGAACAGCUGUGGGGUGAUCAAAGGGAGUCAGAUCCAGUCGGAAACCUGCAGCGGUGAAUACAGAUGGAUUUGCCAGAAGGACGCCAUCCAAAUAGACAGUGGAACUAGCGAUCUGUAGAGCGCUGCCAAUCUGCAGAGAUCCGCUUUAUAUCCGUGCGUUAUUUUUGCAGAUCGGAUCAGAUAUUAAUUUUGUAUCUGUGCAGGGCUGUGGCAGUCUGCAGUUGUAGAGCCGAGAGGUAACAACCCCUAGCUCUAAUGUGCAGCGCUGAGAUUUUUAAAGGGGCCUGUAUUUUAUUUUCUAUUAAGUGCUCAGCUGGAACAUAGGAUCCCAAACUUGCAAAGACUGACACGUGUGCUUCACUUUAAUCACCUACAUAGCCCUCUUUGCAGGAACCAGACAAUGACUCUGGCCCAGACCGUCAAAGCUAGUUAGGUGCCUGGCUCCCAGUAGGAGUUAAGCACUUAAAUACCUCUUGAGGAGAUAGAAGGGUCUGGGCCCUUCAGCCUCAGUUUCCCCCUGCUGGCCCCUUGAUGCUGCUUCCAGGCUGGGGCACUCAGGGUCUUCAGACUCUGGGGAGAGGCAGCUUCUGAACAUGGCCAGCUCUGCUCUGUGCUGUCAAGGGAGGGCUCAAACUUCAGAGCUAAAACCUUUGCCUUCUCCCAUGUCUCUGCCACCCCCCUGCUGCUCACCCCACCGGGCUGCUGGCCAAGGGGGGAGAUGGAAGCAGCAGCCAUAAAGGAGUUUGGGGCCCUGCAGUUAUAUCUCCUCCUUGAUAGGUUGUUUAAAGCCGAAAAGGAGGGGACUGAACUGGUGGGGCCUGAGCACCAUUAGCCCUUAGAGAAGCCACUGUCCCAGUGACAUGUGGACGGGCCCAGGUCCCGAGAGGCUGUUCUACACACACGCCUUGUCUAUAGGGCCUGUGUGACCCCACUUGGCAGCUGUAGAUGUAAGCAGAGUCAGGAUGAGCUCUACCCUGACAUCUGGUGGUGAAUUGUGGCGAGUUGUGGAAAAGAGCUUCAGGGGCUGAUAUUAUUUGCAUAGGCACA